GUAACUGUUCCAUUUUUGUGGCAGAUGCUGGCUUUUCCAGCAGCUGUGAUAUGAAAUUGAUUGGAUAUAAAUGUACAGAUCUGAAUGAAGUCAACAUGAGAAGGCAAGAAAUGUGACUUCAUGCAGGCGACUUUACAGUAAAUAUAUUGGGUUUUUGUUGUUCUCUGAACACUUUGGGGACAAAUCCCCCCCCCCCUCCAUGUGGGCCAAAUUUGGCCCAUAGGCCGCCAGUUGGGGAACCCUGCCCUAGAGAAUAUGAUACCCCUUGGAACCCAGAGAAGUACCCCUGAGAAUAGGGUCUCCCCCAGCCCCCAGGUUUGACUGAGAAUUGUUUGAGUUGGUCGGCCCUUGGCCCAUUCUCUGGCUACAACAUUGUUCUGGAGGCCCUGUAAGUUCCACGGGCAUCUGGGUCCCUUUCCUGCUUUGGCCAGGGACACAGGCUACAGUAUCCACUGAGAAAGGAAAACAUCUACGUCCCGCCAUUGUUGACUGCAGGAAGGAAGAACUCUCUGUGUGACCUCAUCCUGUUAGGCCAGUGCCAUUGUAUGGAGCUGCAGGCUGGGUUUGCUUGCUCAUGGCGUGUGUGAGUGGGUAUAGCAUGGCUGUCACUAUGGUAACGAGCGAUGUUCCCAGCGACAAUCUCCCCACGUAUAAGCUGGUAGUGGUGGGGGAUGGGGGAGUGGGGAAGAGUGCUCUCACCAUUCAGUUCUUUCAGAAGAUCUUUGUCCCUGAUUACGACCCCACCAUCGAGGACUCCUACCUCAAACACACUGAGAUUGAUGCCCAGUGGGCCAUAUUGGACGUUCUGGAUACAGCAGGCCAAGAGGAGUUCAGUGCUAUGAGGGAACAGUACAUGAGGACUGGGGACGGGUUCCUCAUCGUGUUCUCUGUCACAGACAAGGCCAGCUUUGAACAUCUGGACCGCUUCCAUCAACUCAUCCUCAGGGUGAAGGACCGGUGGGAUUUACUACUUAACUUCCCACUGGUGGCCGUGGCCAGGACAACAGGAGGAGGGGAGAGGAUGUGUCUGUUUGUGUUGGAAUCAGUGGGCCUGUCAGACAACAGAGAGAAGAAGGGAAAGUGAGGAAAGAUAUACAGAGAGAGAAAGAGAGAUUCCAAAUGCAUAGCAGCUGGCAAAGGGACUCCAGACAUUGUGUCAAAGCCUGGGAGGCAGCCAAUGUGCAGCCCCAUAGCUUAUACAGGGAGAAUGUCUUUAUAAUCUCUGAACAAGACUGUUAUAUAACUGCAUUGUAAGCUUAUUGAACGCACCAAAUGUCUUAUUUGAAUGUACAUUUAUGAACCUUGACAAUUUUGACUUAUCAGUGCUCACUGGAUGUAGUUGUGUACUUCUCAAUACACUUUAAACACACAAUUGUGGUGUGUGUGUGUUUGUGUGUGCAUGAGUGCCCUGGAUAUGUUGUGGCCUAGACGAUGAAAUCUAAUUUUCACAUUGGAAUAUUAUUUUGCUCUGCUACUAUUUCACUAUUUAUUUUAUAUAAGUAAUUCAUAGCUGUGUUAUCAUUAGUACAAGGCUACUCCAGAGAGCACAAAGCACAGAGCUUAACUAAGAAAUUGAAGGAACAAAACAUAUGUAAGCAAAGUAAUAAAUGUGUGUUAAUACA